AUGGGGGCGUGUUUGGCUCUGCCCUGUUCCAUAGCCAGCUGUGCUUCAUGUCUGUGUGGCUCUGCUCCCUGCCUCCUGUCGUCAUGCUGCCCCUCCACCUACAACUCCACCAUGAGCCGCCUGGCCUUCUCCUUCCUGCUGCUGCUGGGGACCCUGGUGUCCGUCGUCAUGAUCCUGCCGGGCAUGGAGGACCAUCUCAAGAAGAUCCCAGGCUUCUGUGUGGGCAGCAGCGGCAUCCCCUUUAUCGAGGGAAAGGUGAACUGUGACGUCAUCGUGGGCUACAAGUCGGUGUACCGCAUGUGCUUCGCCAUGGCCUGCUUCUUCUUCCUCUUCUCCCUCAUCAUGAUCCGUGUGCGCAGCAGCAAGGAUCCCCGCGCUGCCAUCCAGAACGGUUUUUGGUUCUUCAAGUUCCUGAUACUGGUUGGAAUAACAGUGGGAGCCUUCUUCAUCCCCGAUGGCAUCUUCACCACAGUGUGGUACUACUUUGGAGUGGUGGGCUCCUUCAUCUUCAUCAUCAUCCAGCUCAUCCUGCUGGUGGACUUCGCUCACUCCUGGAACCAGUCCUGGCUGGAGAAGGCCGAAGAGGGAAACACCAAGGGCUGGUUUGCAGCUCUCCUGACCGUCACCUUUGUGAACUACGCCCUGGCCUUUUCCGCCAUGGUCCUCUUCUAUGUCUACUACACCCAACCGAAUGACUGCACCGAGCACAAGGUCUUCAUCAGCCUCAACUUCCUCUUCUGCGUUGUGGUCUCCGUCGUCUCCAUCCUGCCCAAAGUCCAGGAAGCGCAGCCCAGCUCAGGUCUGCUGCAGGCCUCCCUCAUCUCCCUCUACACCAUGUACCUGACCUGGUCGGCCAUGAGCAACAACCCCAAUAAGACGUGCAACCCCAGUCUGUUGAGCCUGGUUCAGCCCAGCACUACUCCUCCACCGGGACCUGCUCCCACACAGGCCCCUGGUCCGGUCCAGUGGUGGGACGCACAAAGCAUCGUGGGAUUGGUCCUCUUCAUUCUUUGCACUCUUUAUGCAAGCAUCCGCUCGUCCAACAACUCCCAGGUGAACCGGCUAAUGCGGACAGAGGAAGGCACGGGGCUGACCGCAGACGUGGAGGCCACCGCGGGGGAAGACGGCGUGCUCCGGGCCGUGGACAACGAGGAGGACGGGGUCAGCUACAGCUACUCCUUCUUCCACUGCUCUCUGUUCCUCGCCUCACUCUACAUCAUGAUGACCCUCACCAACUGGUACAAACCCGACAUGGACUACGAAGCCAUGCAGACCAGCAUGCCGGCCGUGUGGGUGAAGAUCUGCUCCAGUUGGCUGGGACUGGCCCUCUUCCUCUGGACCCUGGUGGCUCCGCUGGUGCUGCCCGACAGAGAUUUUGGGCAAAUCUGA